ACAAGGAAAUUGGUAAAAUGCGGAUCAUAUGGUUGUGCUUCGCCGUCGUCACUAAAUUAAUUCAUAGAUGGUUCCUUGCCAAAGGAGUUUGGUUUAAUUGUUUGUGCGUCUUUCUCAUUUGGCCAUUCCACUUUUCCUUCGCUGCCGCAAAGUCUUAACUUGCGACGAUGCUAUUUUCUCGGGUUUCAAAAAAUCUCAGAGGCGGCUUCCACUCAUGUCGGUGGUUUCUCUCCACUGGAGACCACAACCACCGCUUUCUUUUCCCGCACAAGUUCCAUUCACGUGGAGACUCUAUCCGACAGGUUAUGAGAAGUUUAAUUUUUUCAAAGAGCCUGCCAGCGUUGCAUAGUAGUAGAUAUCUAGUCCAUCAUCAAAGCAGCUCCAUAGUUGAGGAUGAACAUGAUCCAUUCUCACUGGUUGCUGAUGAACUAUCACUUCUUGGUAACAAGCUGAGAGCAAUGGUUGUUGCUGAGGUUCCUAAGCUUGCCUCAGCUGCUGAAUACUUCUUCAAAAUGGGGGUGGAAGGAAAAAGAUUUCGCCCAACAGUUUUAUUGUUAAUGUCAACAGCAUUAAAUCUACCGAUACACGAAGGACCUCCUCCUAUAGAUUUAGGAGGUGCUUUGACAAGUGAUGUACGUACAAGACAGCAACGCAUAGCUGAAAUAACAGAGAUGAUUCAUGUGGCAAGCCUUCUUCACGAUGAUGUAUUGGAUGAUGCGGAUACCAGACGUGGUAUUGGUUCAUUGAAUUUUGUAAUGGGAAACAAGUUGGCAGUAUUGGCAGGUGAUUUUCUGCUUUCCCGGGCUUGUGUUGCUCUGGCCUCUUUGAAAAAUACCGAGGUUGUAUCUUUAUUGGCAAAAGUUGUAGAGCAUCUUGUAACUGGUGAGACCAUGCAAAUGACUACAACAUCUGAUCAACGGUGUAGCAUGGAAUAUUAUAUGCAAAAGACAUACUACAAGACUGCAUCUUUAAUAUCAAAUAGUUGCAAGGCAAUAGCCAUCCUUGCAGGGCAAACAGCAGAAGUCGCAAUGCUUGCUUUUGAGUAUGGAAAAAAUCUGGGUUUGGCAUUUCAAUUGAUAGAUGAUGUGCUUGAUUUCACCGGCACAUCAGCUUCCCUUGGAAAGGGUUCUUUAACAGACAUUCGACAUGGAAUUGUUACAGCUCCAAUUUUGUUUGCGAUGGAGGAGUUCCCUCAAUUGCGUGCAGUUGUUGAUGAGGGAUUUGAAGACCCUGCGAAUGUUGAUCUUGCUCUGGAGUAUCUAGGAAAGAGCCGAGGUAUACAGAGGACAAAGGAGCUAGCUGUGGAGCAUGCUAACCUUGCUGCAGCAGCAAUUGAUUCCUUACCGGAGUGUGACGACGAAGAAGUAAGAAAGUCAAGGAAAGCCCUACUAGAUCUAACUCACAGAGUCAUUACACGAACAAAAUGAAAGGAAGGCUCUCCCCUCCCUUUUCUUUUUUUUUUUUUUUUGUGGGUAGCUUAAGGAAAGGUUCUUGGUAAAAUCAACCAUUAACAACUAUUUUUUUGCCAUCAAUUUUUCUGUAGUUGUUUCCCUAAGCCCGAAAUUGUGGGGGAAAUAAGCUGUUUUUAGGAUUAUUGUUAUUCCUUUUUUUUAAUUAUUAUUUAUUUAGAUUAAA